AUGAAGAAAGAGGUGUGCUCCCUAUCCUUCCUCAAGGCUGUGUUCGCCGAGUUCCUGGCCACCCUCAUCUUCGUCUUCUUCGGCCUCGGCUCGGCCCUCAAGUGGCCCUCGGCGCUGCCCUCCAUUCUGCAGAUCUCGUUGGCCUUUGGCCUGGCCAUAGGUACUCUGGCCCAAGCUCUGGGGCCUGUGAGCGGUGGUCACAUCAACCCGGCCAUCACCCUGGCCCUCUUAGUAGGCAACCAGAUCUCGCUGCUCCGGGCAAUCUUCUACGUGGCAGCCCAGCUGGUGGGUGCCAUUGCUGGUGCAGGCAUCUUGUAUGCGCUUGCACCCAUCAAUGCCAGGGGCAACCUGGCAGUCAAUGCGCUCAACAACAACACGACAGCGGGCCAGGCCACGGUGGUGGAGCUGAUCUUGACUUUCCAGCUGGCACUCUGCAUCUUCUCCUCCACUGACUCCCGCCGCACCAGCCCUGUGGGCUCCCCUGCCCUGUCCAUCGGCCUGUCUGUCACACUGGGCCACCUUGUGGGGAUCUACUUCACUGGCUGCUCCAUGAACCCAGCUCGCUCUUUCGGCCCCGCGGUGGUCAUGAAGAGGUUCAGCCCCUCGCACUGGGUCUUCUGGGUGGGGCCCAUCGUAGGGGCCAUCCUGGCUGCUAUUCUGUACUUCUACCUGCUCUUCCCGAGCUCUCUGAGCCUCAGUGAGCGUGUGGCUGUUGUCAAGGGCACAUAUGAGCCCGACGAGGACUGGGAAGAGCAUCAUCGAGAGGAGCGGAAGAAGACCAUAGAGCUGACUGUCCACUGACCAGCAUCAGGCGGGGGCUGGCCCCUCAGCUCCUGAAUCUCAGGAGGAAAAAAAAAAAAAGAAAGAAAAAUGUGAUGGCAAAGCAUGUCUCCUCACAGCUGGCCGGGAAGAAGGUGGUGGCUCUCCAGGUUGCGCAGAUAAGAGAUGGGCGCGAGAACACAUAGAGCUAGGGUGCUUGCGUGGGGACCAGGGGCUGAUGGGGGCUGGGUCUCUCUGGGACUGGCAGCUGUGGUACCACAGGGUCAGACCUCAGAGGUUGUGAAUGCAAUGCUAAGCUCACAGGCUUUGCAGGGCCAGGCCAGGAAGGGGUGGCUGCAGUCUGUUUCUCCCACCCAAUCCAACCCCUCAAGAGUCAGAGCCACCCCUUGGCAGGCAGAGGGGGACCUCCCCCAGAGCUCCUCAGUGGGCAGAAACAUGUCAGUU